AUGCAGUUACCUGGAUUGAUUCUCUGUGAUCGAAUGGAUUGUUCGGGAAGGGGAACAUGUCUUGGAGCCAAAGCUGCUCCACUUUGUCUCUGCGAUCCAGGAGUUCUCGGGAUGAAAUGUGAAUCAAGUUUUGGAAGCGGGGGUUUAAAUAAUUUCCUCCCAGGACUUGGCGGGAAUGGACUUGGUCUUGAUCUUUUUGGAGGAUUGGGUGGAUUGGGCGGACUUGGAGCUCUCGGUGGAGGGCCAAAACUCGGUUUUGAAGGGCUACCAGGUUUACCCGGUCUUGGAAAUCUCGGCGGAUUAGGCGGGAAUGGAUUGGGAUCGAUCUUCUCUCAGCCAGUUGAUGGAAUUUGUACAGCUACCGAUUGUAAUGGACGGGGAGUCUGUGUUGGAUUGAAGGCUUUCCCGGUUUGUCUCUGUCAUCUCGGCUACAUCGGUCUCCGUUGUGAAAAUCAAAUGGAAGAGUUGAAAUUGCUAAACCAAGAUAUUCCUGGAUCAGCCACUCCAUGUACUGCAGCUGAUUGUAAUAAUAAGGGUGUCUGUUUGGGAACAAAAGGAUCCUAUGUUUGUGCUUGUAAUAUUGGAUAUACUGGGGCACGUUGUGAGAAAACUCCAUACCCUCUCUGUGAUCCAACGGAUUGUAACAACAAUGGGCUUUGCAUUGGGACGAAGAAAAGCUACUUUUGUGCUUGUCAUCUUGGAUAUUCUGGGCAACGAUGUGAGACAAUCAGCGGAACGCCUUGUGACAACAAUGAUUGCAGUCAAUCAGGCAUUUGUAUCGGCUCGAAACAGCUACAUUUCUGUCUCUGUGGUCUUGGAUAUUUGGGAAAGAAUUGUGAAACAAGAUUGGGCUUUGAUCUGAGACCCGCGAAUGCGCUAACAAAUCCUUUCUGUGAGAUCUCCGACUGUGGUGGAAAUGGGAUUUGCAUUGGGACAAAGCUGGCUCCAGUCUGUCUCUGCAAUCUUGGAUUUUCUGGGUUGAGAUGUGAAAUCGAACCAAUCUGUAACUCGGGUCUUCAAUGUGGUGGAAAUGGUUUAUGUGUGGGAAGCUCAAAAAACUUCAAUUGUCUCUGUAAUCUCGGUUUUUCCGGCCCGAAUUGCUUGCAGAGAACAGGAAAUGGGAUUUUUGGA